GCUCGUUGCACGCUGCGCGUGUUUCCAAAGUAGAUAGGAUUACUAUCAGAUUUAGGCUCGGUGGUCGAAGGACGCAUGUGCACGGGCAAUGCGGUCAUGACUUCUUACCGGGAGUUUACACGUGAUAGAGACACAGAGUUCACUAAAGGCAACGCGUCAGGACUCGGACCCAAGCAAGCUCAAAUCAGACUGGAAGAACAUUUCCUGUGGUCAGAAAUGUCCAAGGAUCCGGACAUAAGACCUCUAGAUCAAAACUACUUCAGCUCUAAUCCACUCCUAUGGACCGGAGCACAGAUCUCUCCCUCCGUACACACAUUCACAGGGGAGUGUUGCGAGCUCGACCCAAUCAACGCGCGCGCGUAUUUAAACUCCUGUGAUGACCUAAGAACUCAUCUCACUUUUACGGAUACCAGUAACACCAAGUAUGCUGGUUCUGCCAACUUUUACGAGGCCACGCAGAUCGGAAAACCCUUCGACUGGAUGAAGGUGAAGCGCAACCAUGCAGGCACUGGGAAAGCUCGUCUAACCGGCGCACAGAAUUUCCUCCAAUCUAAGAAAGCGGACGGUGGAUAGAAUGAAAGCGAGGACAGUCCACACCUGUUCUGGAGCAGCUUCUGCACAAAGCAGCUCACCGAGUUGGAGAAGAAGUUCCACUAUAGCAGGUACCUCACGCGCGCGCGGCGGAUGGAGAUCGCGAACGCGCUUUAGCUCCGUGAGGCUCAGGUCAAAGCGUGGUUCCAAAACAAGCGAAUGAAGCAGAAGAAAGCGCAGCGGCUCCUGCACACACACACACAACCAGGAGGCUGUCUGGAAUUACACUCCAGCACAACGGACACGUGUGCGCUUUCAGAGAACAGUUAGUAUUCAAUUCACUGCUGUUAGCAAUAUUCGGGAGCUAGAAGACUUGCCCCCCUCCUGUGCGCAUUAAGCGCCGACAUUAUAAAAGGGAAAAUGAUGGAUAAAAGAAGUAAAAAAGUAACAUUUGAGAUAAGAUUAUGAUUAUGAAAAUGAAAAUCUACUGCAAGUAUUUUCCAACCCAGCGAGCAUGUCUGGUUACCUCUCUCACCUGUUGAAGUCUUCCCUCACAUUCCCUGCACUUUAUUAUUUGAAAUGCUACUAAAACUAAUACCACUACUACUACUACUACUACUACUACUACUACUACUACUACUACUACUACUACUACUACUAAUAAUAAUAAUAAUAAUAAUAAUAAUAAUAAUAAUAAUAACAUAGCGUUUUCCAUUUACCAGUUUUAAAAUGAUAAUAUCCUCUUUGAGAAAUUAAAUGGAGUGUACGAAUUCUUGUCGCUGAGAAGUGUAAACAUUGUUAUAAUAAUAAUAAUAAUAAUAAUAAUAAUAAUAAUAAUAAUAAUAAUAAUAAUAAUAAUAAUAAUAA